AUAUUUGGUUCGUUUCUGUCCUCUCUGAGAUAACAAUGUAACCUGCGACUACAAAAUAAGAAGACUUGUUUUGCUUCAUGAUGGCUUAUCAAUUUAGAAAGCUUAGCCAAACGUUUAGACUUAUUCCUUCUUCUAAAUCGAUUGGCUUUUCAACACGGGUUGAAGGGGAUCAGACCAAAAAUUCAAGUCUAGAAAAUACAUCAUCAAUUUCAAGCUCUCUCUCCAUCUACCAAAGCAAACCAUUGUUAAACCAAGUGGAAGCAAAUAGUAAUAUCACAAUAAAUGACUCGUUAGCACUCUUGCGAUCACAGAGUGAAUCAGAUCUUCAAAGCCACCUACUACCUCCAGGCUUUCCUGGGAAAUCUUCACCAGUCUUCUAUAAAGAUCUAGUGCAAAUGUUCCAAUUCCACAACCCAGAGCAUUCUUUGGCUCACGAUAGUAACUUUUUUUCAAGAGCUGUGAAACAAGUGGGCCCAACUAGUGAUGAUAUCCUGUUUUCUCUUCUGAGCCAUCAGUGGAGCCGAUCCUCUGACCUUUACCAUUCAAGAGAAAAAAUAGCGGUAGAUAUUUUAACUCAGCCACACUACCAGUGCCACCUGGCAGUGAAGAAACCAACAGAUUCUCUUGGAGUGAGAAGUGUGGUGCUCAAUAACUUCCCAGUGAACACAGAUUCUGACAUGUGCCAUGACCUACAAACUGAGCCUUCCUGCUGCUACUGCUCAUCUGGAGGGGGCACUGAUACGCCCAAAGGUCAAGGCCAAUCCAAAAAUGGUCCCUCACCAUCCCAGCUCCAUGACAUCAAGGAGCAUUUGGAAGAAUUGGUGUACAAGCUAUUUAAAGGUCGACAUAACUACAACAUUUUACAUGAAAAUGUGGUGAUGGAGAACAACUUGUUUGGUGAUAACAGGACAACUGUCGGCAUGACAGCGUACAAGUUGGAGCUUUUUAAACUUCGGCUACAGAUCAAAGCUCAGUUUUCGAGUACAUCAAUGGAGAUAUUAAAUGUGACAACAUUAGAGCAAACCGGUGUCAUUAGGAUACAUUGGAGGCUUAAAGGUUUGCCACUUACUCAGGUCUUGAAGUUUUGGAAGCUUGUACCAACUAAAAAGUCAAUGUCCAAAGAGGAUUGGGAGUGGCUUGAAGCGUUCUCUUACUUCCACAUAGGCAAAGAUGGUAGAGUUCAUAAACAUAGGAUAGAUAGGAUGAUGCCAGACAAUGAAAGUGAAACAGAGAAACUGAGUGACAAGUUGAGAGGUUUCCUGAACCCUGCCAAGCCUCUUGUUAGUUGAACUAAGAAUUAUUAGGUCAGGUCAAGUAAUAAAUAGCUCCCCCAGCCCCCCUACCCCAACUAACCCAUUUGGUCUAUGUGAACCUGUGUAGAUAUCAGAACUGUGUUGUGCUAGUGUAUGGAACUAGACUUGUAUCAGAAGCACAACAUUUACCCUUGUACUUUCAUCUUAUAGCGAAAAUAAAACCAUAUAAAAAUUAAAGAAAACAUAUAUACAGGUAACCUGAACUAUAAAAAAAAAUAUUAUUUAUUAUUAGUGUCAAGCCCUAGUAAAAGAUUAGAGAUUGGAAACUAAUUUUCAUUGGAGAAGCAUUAAAAAUAUAUUGGUAGUGAAAUGACAAACUUUUGGGUCCGCAUCGUCAUGUGAAACACUUGAAUAAAAUCAUGUAGUGUUUAAAGUAGUGGCUGCUUUGAUUAAAUGAUUAAACUCCUAGCUGAAUGUGUAGACAUUUUUAAAAUUUUCUUCAAACUAUUACUUGAAAGAAACAUUUAGAAAACAUUGUUCUAUCAGUAAAGUGAUGUCUUGUCACAAUUGUUUCAAUCUCACAAUAUCUUAUAAUAUGGUAUUUUUGUGUGUGACCUGGAUCAGGUACUCUAUCUGCUUACUUAAAUCACAAAAUACCGGUACUCACUACUAAAUAAAAAAAAAAGGUCAUAGUAGAAAGUUAUUUUCUUGUAUGUCUAAGCAGUGCUUCUUUGCGUCUGUGAUGCCUGUAAUUAUUUGUGUUCUGUUGCUGCUCUGUAAAUGAACUUCCAUUUUAAAGUUUGGUUCCUUCGUCGAAGAUUUCCAACAACAAAAUUGACACUAUUAAGUUCAUGAAAAUUAUAUUCUUUGUUUUUGGUUAAAAAUUUGGUUGUUAAAAAAUGUUUUUUUCUUUAUUUAAAGCUCUGUUGUAAAAAGAAACUUUUUGUCAUGUGCCUCUGGCAUUGUUUUAACAUGUAAAAAGUUUAACUCACCUAACUAAUGAAACUAAUGCAUAGAUACAUUCUGUUUUAGUUAUGAAGGUUUUAAAUAAUCAAAAAGUGGUUGCUUUUCUUAAAUUCUAUUUUAUAGAUAAGCUAAUUAGAAGGUCAAGAAUUUUUCAUAUCACCAGUCCAUGAUUUUAACUUGCAGUUUUAUAUUCCAGACUAGAAACUUACAAAAGACCAAACUCGAGUUAAAGUUAAUCAUUUUCAAUAUAUGAAUAAAUGUUUCAUGGUCAAGAUAAAUCCAAAACUAUCUACUGUCUAAGCUCCUGUGCACUUUUAACUUUUCAGUUUUUGGUCAUUUGAAAUAAGUGGAAUUGUGCUUAAUGGAUCCCAGAUGUUCUGCACACAUCAGCCACAGGGGCAGCUUGAUGCAAUAGUUUUGUGCUUAAUGUUGGUUUGUUUUAUAUCUUAAUUGAUAAUGAACCAAUACAUUGUUCAAUGGUCUUACACGCUCUUUGGAUAUCACAUACUCAAAUUUUUGUCAUUAUUUACUUAAAAGUAGGGAUCAAAAUUUUGUUUUAAACCGUAUACCAGUUCCCAAGGUUUUAGAAAGUUGUUCCUUUAUUGGAACAUCUGUUAGUUCCUAACUACUGAUAGUGAGUACUAAAUGUCCAUUUUGAACUCUUGUGCUUCCCAAUUUAUUUAAUAAAUGGCCUACUUUUAGCCAAGGGGUUAGACUAUGUAGAAUUUAUUUUCCAGAUGAAGCCACUUAAUUGUCUUGUGUAGCCAGAUUUCUUUUCAGUUAAAUUUAUUUUUAAAAUGAUUUCUAGAGAUAAAAAAACAACAACUCGUUUUCUUAAUUGGUUUCAACAGAUUAUUGAGCUGUCAGUGAUGCAGGUCAUUAUUACAUAUUAUGGCAAGAGAUUGUUAAGCCAAAUUCUAAUUUAUUUUGGUGUAUAAUGCCACAGACACACAUGUAUAGAGAUUGUCUUUCACCUGUCUGACAAAGAGUUCAGGGAUUGGAACUACUUUUUUUUUGAGAUAUUGCAUUAAAUUGUCAAUGGGAUGAAAUGACAAUUACAAAAAAAAAAAAAAGGUUUUUUUUUUUAUUUUUGAUCAUUUUUGGUUUCAGUGACAAUACUUACAAUUACAAAAUGUUUUAUGUAUGUUAAAUGUUUUUUUUUUUUUUCAAAUACAUCUCAUACCACAGGUAUUGCAAAUGAGGUAUAAAUAGCCUGUAGGUGUUGGCUAACUUUGAAUCAGGAUUCUGUUUUGAAAUCUAAGUUUAAUAACUAAUUGUGUCAUUUGUACAGUCAUUUUUUUUGUGCGUAGAUGUAGAUGAUUGCUGGUUUGCUAAGCUGUGUAGAUAUGUUAUAUCUAAAUAUUGUAUGCAUUACUUGACAUUAUUAUACAAGUAAAAGUGUAACAUAUUUGUGAUACAGAAUACAGUAGAGAGUGAAACA